AUGAAAGUGGCAGGGAUUUAUGAACAACACGAUGAGCUGCCCUCUCAAAUGAACUUGGUUACAUCCAUUCUCUUACAACCGAGACAGAACUUCUCAGACAAUAGAUCAGUGGUGAAAGGACUUGAGCACGGUUGCCCGAUUCGUUGUAUAAACUAUUAUUUAUUCGAUUAUAUGCUGGUAAUUGAUGAAAGGACCAACGCCUCUCGACCGGCCAGAUUUGCAACAGAGUAUACUUCCAUCACGCACCUAAAUCGCAAUAGAGCACAAUAUGAGUGUACGGAUAACCUUAAGAUAUUGACUCCAAUGCCAUGUUAA